GCGGCGCCCUUGGCCGAACGCGGCCGUUGCGGCGGCGGGCGGGAUGUCCACGGCGAUGGCGGCCGGCCCUGAAGCCGAGGGCGACGCCGCGGCCGCGCGCGUCGCGACGGCGGAGGAGGAGCCGCCGCAGGAGGACGCCGCCCUCCGGCUGCGCAUGAGCAGGCUGGUGCUGUGCCACCAGCUGUCCACCCUGACCCUCAGCUUGCUGACUCUGCAGCCCAGGGCGCAGCUGCUCAUGGACGCCACGUCUGGCGACACCGCGCAGGUUGCUUGGCGGACCAGCACCGUCCAGGGGCGGCGCUGGUGGCGCUGUCGGACUUCCUCGUGA